GGCCUCUGAUGCCCCGCCCAUUGACACGCCCCCGGGCCCCUCUCCGGCCCUGGACCCAGCUUGGCGCGCUCCCCCCUGGGUGCCAUGGCCUCGCGGCUCCUGCACCGGCUGCGACACGCCCUGGCUAGCGAUGGCCCCGGGGAGGCGGCGGCAGGCCCCGAGGCCGAGCAGUUCCCUGAAAGCUCCGAGCUGGAGGACGACGACGCCGAGGGCCUUUCCUCCCGCCUCAGCGGCACCCUCAGCUUCACCAGUGCCGAGGACGACCCGGACGACGAAGACGAGGACGACGAGGCGAGCCCCGACUCGCCGCCCUCCGGAGACGGGACAUCGGGAGAAGACGCAGAACGGAGUCCCCCACCUGAUGGACAACGGGGCAGUCAACUCCUGGCUCGGCAGCUGCAGGAUUUCUGGAAGAAGUCUCGGAACACCCUAGUUCCACAGCGGCUGCUCUUUGAGGUGACCAGCGCCAAUGUUGUCAAGGACCCUCCCUCCAAGUACGUGCUCUACACCCUCGCCGUGAUUGGCCCAGGACCACCAGAUCGCCAGCCAGCCCAGAUCUCCCGCCGUUACUCGGACUUUGAACGGCUGCACAGAAACCUGCAGCGGCAAUUCCGGGGCCCCAUGGCUGCCAUCUCCUUCCCCCGUAAACGUCUGCGCCGGAACUUUACUGCAGAAACCAUUGCCCGCCGUAGCCGGGCCUUUGAACAGUUUUUGGGUCACCUGCAGGCAGUGCCCGAGCUCCGCCAAGCCCCAGACCUGCACGACUUCUUCGUGCUGCCCGAGCUGCGGCGAGCGCAGAGCCUCACCUGUACUGGCCUUUACCGCGAGGCUCUGGCACUGUGGGCCAACGCCUGGCAGCUGCAGACCCAGCUGGGCACCCCUUCUGGCCCAGACCGCCCCCUGUUGACUCUGGCUGGGUUGGCUGUGUGCCAUCAGGAGCUGGAGGAUCCUGGGGAAGCACGAGCAUGUAGCGAGAAGGCCCUGCAGCUGCUGGGGGACAAGAGACCCCAUCCUUUCCUGGCACCCUUUCUAGAGGCCCAUGUCCGACUCUCCUGGCGCCUGGGCCUAGACAAACGGCAGACAGAAGCCCAACUUCAGUCCCUACAGGAGGCGGGCCUUACCCCCGUCCCACCACCCAGCCUCAAGGAGCUGCUUAUCAAAGAGGUGCUGGACUAACUUUCAUUUGUCUUGCCGCCGCUUCUGGGUGAGGGGCUGCUCCAGGUCAAGGGACUGAGGGCAAUAGAGGACACUGAGCAGCCGGGGGCUGAGGAGUUCUGGGAGCCCCUAAAGUAGUUCCCGAGAAAGUCUGCAGCAGACUGAGAGGAACUUGGAUUUGUGGGGCUGGACUCCAAACAGGCUUUGGUUGGGGUUACCCUAGGAUGCUACAAGGAGGAAGUUUUGGGGUGGGCUCUUCAGCCUACCACAGCCGGAGGCUGUAGGCAAGGUCAGGAUCAGUGUUUCCUGUUUCCUUUUCCUUGGCCUCUACACCAGUAAAACAGCUUGGCUGAAGGGCUGGAGUCCUGAAGUUUAGAGACAGGAGGAGGGAAAUUAAAGGUCAGCUGCUUCAGUGUUAGCAAUCUCUUUAUUGAAUGUGAGAGGCGGGAAGCCCAGCUCUCAACUGUGACUCCUGCCUCAGGAAUGGUGGUAGAGAGUUCUUUUAACCCCAGGCCAAGCCAGUUAUCUUUGACUACAGCUUACUGGCAGACACUUGAGGCUUCAGUCGGAUCACACCCUCUUGGGCACAGGUCACAGCAAGGACCCCAUCCCGACGCCACAGCCGGCCGUGCACUAGCCCUCGAGAGCCACCUGUGUGCAAGGAGAAGGGUGAGAACGGCCCCACCUAAGGGCACACUGGAACGUAACUACUCCAAAUGCCCCUUUGUGAGCUGUUACAACCACUUGACGGCCCCAAAGCACUUUCACAUAACUGCUCAGUUCCUCUAAAGAUCCCAGAGACAACAGUCUCCACAGGCUUGGCCAAGCAGACUGCCGCUUCUCUGGCCACUGAUCAGAAAUCCCAUUCUUUCCUUUUAUGAUAAGCAAGUCCUCCCAGCUGGUCAUCCACCACCAAGGGAGGGGGUAGUUCAGAGAAGACCCGAGACCAUGAGGUAUGGCCCCUCUCCCCUUUUCAUCUAGAGGUUCUGGCCUGAGUUAGUUACCUUCAGGAAGCUAACUCGAGCUUUCUCUUUACAUACAGCAGGGCCCAUGCAGAUCUAACUGUAGCCAGAGAACGCGGGGCUUCAUUUCUUGUACUGUCUUACAGACAGGGACACUAAAGUGCUCAGAGGCUCAGGCUUGGCCCCGAGGGUCAGGCCAAAGCUGACCGAGUGUCCUAACUUCAAGGUUGUGGACCCUGUUCUGUGAUGCUGGUGGCAUUUGAGUAACCCUUUCCUGACUGAUGGGGGUUAUUUAAGUUUUGUCCGUUUUAUAAAGCAAAGCUUUUCUUCCUUUGACGUGUACUUCAUCAUAAAAGAGCCAGGGCUCUAACAUGA